CUCUGAUGUUUGUGGCAAAGGUAAUUCUGUGUAGAGGAUGGUAAUGGACACCUGUCAGUGAACCUCCAGAGCGCACAGAAAGCCCCCCCACCUAAAGAGAGGGACGACCCAGCACGAAUCACCAGUUAGCUCUGAAGAAAACCCCCCUGUUUCAGCGGAGAGAGAAGAAAGUAAGCGGAACUGAGUCCCUCUUCGCGUUUCUUCUGUGUUCGGUUCCGAGAGAGUGAGCAGGCCCUUACGCUCGCGGGUCGCGCAGUCGUCGAGCUGGCCCGGCUUCUGCCCAGGUGCACAGCUUCUUGGCGCAUACAUGUCACGGCGAUCGCAUGCAAUGCAAAACCCCGUUGCAGUCACGGGGGAAAGGCACCGCUCUUCGGCGGAACUCUGGAGAAAAACAUUCGCGAAAAUCUGAAAAUUCCGUUCCGAUCCAAGAACGUCGAUUUCCACGUUCUGGCCACCGAAUCUCGAAAGGCGCCCUAGACACCACUCCUGCGCGUCGGUGCGGACCGUCGUAACUCAAGGAGAAGCAUUGCUACCCUUUUGCACUCUUCUGGCUUUACAGAAAUGUCGCCGUUCCCGCCUCGCGUCGUUCCCCGUCUUCUCCCGUGCAACGGGAUGAAGAGCCUCCCCUUUUCGCAAGCGGGUCAAGGCUUUGUCCCUGGAUCCGCCCCUGCUUUCCGAACUUUCGUCACCUCUGUCGGCCCUCGUUCCAGCAUUUCUGAACUUAUUCCUGGAGCCAGCAAACGCUUUUUCGCCGGUCAAAUUGCGGAAAGAAACGGAACUGCACUCUCGAACGCUUUCCGGAGUGCAGGGGAGCGGUCCAACGCUGACUUCCUGAAGCUGUCCCAGAAACGCCUGGGAGGCUCUCUGGAAGACUACUACACAAACAGCCAACUUGCAACCUGCAUUCAGUCCCCUUGGCCUUUCUACAUCUGGUCCUUCUGGGCUUUCUCGAUGGUCGUGGUCCCCAUCGGCUUGCUGUUCCAGAGCAACUAUUACUUUUCCGGGCGUAUUCUUCCCAAGGUGAACGGUAACACUCAGCUAUGCGAGGACUCGUGGUAAAGUGUGCAAGCAAUUGCACAGAUGGCCCCUGUUCACUACUCUUUCAGAAAACCGCCGCGUAAAUCGGCGAAGAAAACGACAGAAAGGAAAACAGGGGAGACGAACUGUAUCAGAUGGAGGUUCGGGAACGCCCCGCCGAACGGAAACUCCGGCUGCUGACCAAAGUCCGAAAGUAGUGCCCCUGCUGACCGUCUUCUACACUCUUAGACUUUCACAGGGGGGCAAGGUUGCGAGAAUCGGUAAAAAAUUGAAGCGAUACAACGACUGACCCAUUUUCCUGCAUCCGACUGAGUGUGGUGACUGGGGAGACUGUCAAAAGGACACGAGACACGGACUGUCUUAGCACUUUCCUCUCCUGCGCGUUUUGUGCAUGUCGUUCGACGUUUCUGUAAGAAAGGAUCCUCAAUGGACAGACCGCUCCAAGAGGGCUUUUUCUUAUAAUCCGUAAACGCUCCGUGUAAGAGGCGCCAAGGUACCGAGAGGGUGUCGCCACAUUCACCUUGAUUGCUUUCAGCGCGGUCGAGAGAACAGAGUCGAAACGACGAAAUCACUGGUUCACGAUGUUCGCUGAGCAUUCGUCUGUGAUGCUGGAAGGUGUCACAGACGUUUGCAGUCGCUACGGUCCUCCAGCCAAUCCCUCAGC